AUGGCAGAAACUCCACAGAAAGGCUUUUACAGAAUUGUCACUGUCAACACUGCUCCUGAGCGAGCCAAGAGGCUGAUUGGUCGAAUGGUUGAAGCUCUCAAAGAUCGCUAUACAAUCAUUCACGUCGACAACUGCGAGACAAUUGAGGAAGUCGAGCCCAAAGUCAAGGAACAUCAACCCGAUGUGCUGUUCUGCGCAUCAAUGUGGACAGCCGAACAGUCCACUGCCGUCUUCGAAAUAGCCAGAAAAAUUCGCCCUGGCAUCAAGACGCAUGCUAUUCCUCAUGGAUUACAGGUUGAGAGGGGUCCCGAUGCGAUUGUUGAAUAUUUGGUGGAGAAUGUGCCCAAGUUGUUGGAUGAAGAAUAA